CACCACCCGCGCGAAGCCGGACCCGGGUCUACGCCAUGCGCGUGCUGCUGCCACUGCUGCGCACCAGCUGGGCCUGGCGCUUGGGCGCCCCGGCUGCCGCCGCCGCCCGCCUGCCGCGGGGAGCGAGCGCAGGGCCCGGGCCGCGCCGCGCCAUGGCUUUUUACCGCACAGAGGAGCGCGGCCAGCCCCACUCUCCCGGUUACCGCCUCUUUUUCAAGAAUGUAGCUGGUCACUACGUUUCCCCCUUUCAUGAUAUUCCUCUGAAGGUGGACUCUGAAGAGGAAAAUGGCAUUCCUACAAAGAGAGCACGAAAUGAUGAAUAUGAGAAUUUGUUUAAUAUGGUUGUAGAAGUACCUCGGUGGACAAAUGCUAAAAUGGAGAUUGCCACAAAGGAGCCAUUGAAUCCCAUUAAACAAGAUGUAAAAGAUGGCAAGCUUCGCUACGUGGCAAAUAUCUUUCCUCACAAGGGUUAUAUAUGGAAUUAUGGUGCCCUCCCUCAGACUUGGGAAGAUCCCCAUCGAAAAGAUAAGAGCACAGACUGCUGUGGAGAUAAUGAUCCUAUUGAUGUUUGUGAAAUAGGCUCAAAGGUUCUUUCUCGUGGAGAUGUUGUUCAUGUGAAGAUCCUCGGAAUUUUGGCUCUUAUUGAUCAGGGUGAAACAGAUUGGAAAUUAAUUGCUAUCAAUGUGAAUGAUCCUGAAGCCUCGAAGUUUCAUGAUAUUGAAGAUGUUAAGAAGUACAAACCUGGUUACUUAGAAGCUACGCUUAAUUGGUUUAGAUUUUAUAAGAUACCAGAGGGAAAACCAGAAAACCAGUUUGCUUUUAAUGGAGAAUUCAAGAACAAGGCUUUUGCUCUUGAAGUUAUUAAAUCUACUCAUGAAUGUUGGAAAGCAUUGCUUAUGGAGAAGUGUGCUGGAGGGGCUAUAAAUUGCACAAAUGUGCAGGUAUGUGAUAGCCCUUUCCAUUGCUCUCAAGAGGAAGCAAGAUCAUUAGUUGAAUCGGUGUCAUUUUCACUGAAUAAAGGAAGUAAUGAAGAAGAUCAAGUAUGGCACUUCCUUGGCAAGUGAUGAGAACAUUUGAAGUUCUGCCAUCAGGAUUCCAGUCUCUAAAAACUCCAAGACUCCAUCUCCCCCAAGUGCUAGAAACAAGCAGAUCUAUGAGAAUCUGCUAACUUCCUGUUGAAACUUCUUUUUUUUUUUUUUUCAAACUUUUUGAGAUAUGCAAAGUGUAAAUAAACAUUGAAAUUUUUGAA